GGAAAUCCUUCAUUCUACAGUCAUUCAAGCCAAGAGAAAACCAUUGAAAUAAUGUUUUCCAACAAGGUUUUUGUGACUCGACAACCAAACUGGCCUCAGAUCUUCAGUGGUGAGUCGAUCACUCUGACAUGUGAGGUCCAGGGAGGAGAAACCACUGAGUGGACGUGUGACUGGAAGAGAUCUGGGUCAAUAAUACAGAGGACAGACAGUAAAGACUGGACUUUCACUGUCUCUGAGUCCAGCAGUGGCGAUUAUAUGUGUCAGUGUAGAAGCAGAGAUGAUGGGUUUUCUUCAACACAGUGGAGUGAAACCUUGACACUGUCUAUAUCAGGAGCUGAACCUGAAGCCAAACUGACAGCAGGUUCAACAACCAUACCAGUAGGGGGCAGUGUGACACUGAGCUGCUCAGUGGAGCCCUCUGCUGGAUGGAAGUACAGAUGGUUCAGGCGGACCACAGACACACCGGAAGUUCAAGUCAUAACAAAUGAUGAAGAAAACAGAGAAAUCACUGUGACACAAGGAGGAAUCUAUAAGUGUGAAGGAGAGAGAGGAAAUCCUUCAUUCUACAGUCAUUCAAGCCAAGAGAAAACUAUUGAAAUAAUGUUUUCCAACGAGGUUUUUGUGACUCGACAACCAAACUGGCCUCAGAUCUUCAGUGGUGAGUCGAUCACUCUGACAUGUGAGGUCCAGGAUGGAGAAACCACUGAGUGGACGUGUGACUGGAAGAAAUCUGGGUCAAUAAUACAGAGGACAGACAGUAAAGACUGGACUUUCACUGUCUCUGAGUCCAGCAGUGGAAACUACACAUGUCAGUGUAGAAGCAGAGAUGAUGGGUUUUCUUCAACACAGUGGAGUGAAACCAUAACAGUAACUGUAUCCAGUUCUGUCGGCUCUUCAUUUCCUGUCAUGUUGAUCGUUGGACCAGUUGUUGGAGUCGUUCUCAUCGUCCUGCUGCUCUUGUUGUGGCGCUGCAGACGGUCCAAAGAUUUGAGCUGCAUCAGGUCAUUUCAGUCUGAAAGCAGCAGCCAGAGGCCGACCAGUAAUCAUGGACUGAACCAGAUUGAAAGUGAUUACAGCUCUCUGCUGCAUGGCACCACGUCUGUGUAUGAGACAAUCCAGAACCGUGGAGCCACAGGAAACGAGAGACCUCCUGAUCCAGAAGAAGGUUCUGUUUACGAUUAUGUGAGACCAGAUAAUUACAGAUCAGCAGGAAGGUCAGACAAACACCUGACUUCAUUAGAUUGUUACUGAUCAUUUUUUCUUCAUUUGGGAGAAUUUGCUGCCCGAUUCACCAGUUCUAAUAAGAGUUCAGUUGUUUAGUUGUGAAUUCAUGACUGGAUCUCAUCUGUCUGGUUUUCUGUAACAGUACUUUCUUUUUCUGACAAUGAUAACUUGUUGUUUUUAAUUAAAGUUUAAUGUGGCUCCAGGUUCUGUCUUGGACUCUGGUUUAGGCUAAAUAAUAUCAUCUUUCUUUUCAUGUCUUUAUUGUCCGGUGGUUUUAUUUUACAUUUUUAAGGCUGAUGUAAUGGGUUGAGAAUCAGUUAAUUAAUACAACCCUAUUUUUGAUUCAGAAUUAAUCCUGUCUUUGGUCUUCGUUUUUUUCUUUUUUUUCUUAUGUAUAUAGACGAGUUUGCUGUGUGCAUGUAUCUUCUUGCCAGUGGGGGGCGCUCUCUUACCGCCACAACACAGUGACGUAAUUCAGGUAUUCAUUAAAUAGUAGGUAGUGUUUUCUAAUGGUCUUUAUUGUUGUACUGCAGCACAAACAAAUGAGAAAAAUAAAGAAUUUAACAUUUGUUGUAAAUUAAAUGUAAUUUUUUAAUAAAUCACAUUUUAUAUUCUAAAA